GCCGCUUGGAGCGCUAGUGUCGCUCCAGCUGUGAAACGGUAACAAGUAACAACUUUUAACAGCAGUGCCGUUUAAUGGGAGACUGUGUCACAUUACAAAUGUAAACCGUGGAGAUAAAUAAGCAAAGGGGCUAAUAACUGCAGUAAUGGACCACCAGAAAACUAUUCGGAUAAAAGAUGAAACAAAUGAAACAGCAGGUUCACCAGGCUCCAUUGUCCAGGUAUACCACUCCAGUGUGAAAAUAAAGGAAGAAUGGCAGGAGACUGGGAAUCAAGAGUUACUUCAAGAUCCAUUAAAAAUUGAAGAUCCAUGUUAUGAUAUAAAGGAAGAGCCAGGACUAAAACUGAAUGAGAGACUCUCUGAGCAUAAUAUAUUCAGCGAUCCCAAAUAUGAUCCUCUGGGAGUAAAGACAGAGGAGGGCUCAGCAUUUGAGAAUGAUUGUCUUGAUGAGUAUGAUCCAUUGAGCAUAACAGAUGAUGCGUGUCUUGAAGAUAAUUUGGUAAUCUCUCAGCCAAAUGAUUUUAUAAAGGAGAAUCCUGAACUAAAUUUGGAGGUGGCAGCCUCAAUAAGAAAUGCAUCUGAUUGUUUAAGUUUCAUUCAAAGUGCUGGUGACAGCUGUAACGUUUCGUAUCAAGAAGCAUUACAUCAAGGACUAGUCAAUGACGAUCUGGAGAUAGAUACAGAGAUGACAACAGAUUUCGGUAUGUCUCAUAACUAUACCAAGUUACGGACUUCACAUGAAGACAGCUUAUGUGGCACGAGAUUAAGUUGUAGCAUCAGGGAAAAGGAAUUCCAUAAGUUUAACUGUAGUUUCUGCCUACAGAGCUUCCCUUCAAAAUACAGACUCAUAAUGCAUAUCUUCAUCCACAUUGAUGGUGAGCAGGCACCUGCAUAUGUGUGUAAGUCAUGUGGUGAGGUAUUGCCCACUGAUGACAGCUUGAAAGAACAUUUGAGAAUGAGUGAGGGUGACCAAGCAUUAUCAGCUGCCAACAGUGAGAAACUUGAAUGCAGUGAUGACCAUGAAAACAUCUCCUUAGAAAGUGUACAACAAGAAAUCGUGGAACAGACUGAGAAGCAAUCUUCAUCCGAGGAAACCAGGAAAACUUUAAGGAAAUCCUUUAGUGACACAUGCAAUACACAUACUGUGACACAAGUUGCAGAGAAACUCAGAUGUGAUGACUAUGGAAUUUUGUGUACAAGUGAUCAUGUUAAUGUCCACACUGUGCUAAGUGCAAAGAGACAUCACAAAUGUGAUAUUUGUGGUAAAUUGUUUACUCAUUCGGGCAGUCUCAGGGUACACGAAUUAAUACACACGGGAAAGAGACCCCACGAAUGCGGUGUCUGUGGAAAAUCGUUCACUCAGUCGGGCCAUCUCAAGACCCACAAUGUAAUACACACAGGAAAGAGACCCCACGAGUGCGAUAUUUGUGGAAAAUCGUUUACUCAGUCGGGCCAUCUCAAGACCCACAAUUUAAUACACACAGGAAAGAGAUCCUACAAAUGUACUGUUUGUGGCAAAUCGUUUAUUCGUCCGGGCAAUCUCAAGGCACAUGAAUUAAUACACACGGGAAAGAGACCCCACGAAUGCCGUGUUUGUGGACAAUCGUUUACUCAGUCGAGCAGUCUCAAGGUACAUGAAUUAAUACACACGGGAAAGAGACCCCACGAAUGCCGAAUUUGUGGAAAAUCGUUUACACAGUCGAACAAUCUCAAGACACAAAAAUUAAUACAUACAGGAAAGAGACCCCACGAAUGCGGUAUUUGUGGAAAAUCGUUUACUCAGUCGGGCCAUCUCAAGAGCCACAAGUUAAUACACACAAGAAAGAGACCCCACGAGUGCGAUGUUUGUGGAAAAUCUUUUACUGAGUCGAGACAUUUCAAGAGGCAGGGCUUAAUACACACAGAGAAGAGACCCUACAAAUGUAAUGUUUGUGAAAAUCGUUUAUUCGUUCGGGCAAUCUCAAGGCACAUGAAUUAAUAGACACAGGAAAGAUGCCCCACGAAUGCGGUGUUUGUGCAAAAUCGUUCACCCUGUUGGGCCAUCUCAAGACCCACAAUUUAAUACACACAGGAAAAAGACCCCACGAAUGCGAUGUUUGUGGAAAAUCGUUUUCUUAGUCGAGCCAUCUCAAGAGGCAUUUGUUGACACACGUUGGAAAAAGACCCUACAAAUAUAGUGUUUCUGGUAAAUCGUUUCCUCGAUGAGGCAGUCUCAAGCAACAGGAAUUAAUACACACUGAACAGGGACCACACAAAGUUAUUGUUGGUGGCAACUGGGUCAUCUAAAUACACAGAAAUAAUACACGCAAAUAUGAUACUUGCGGCAAAUAUUUUUCUUACUCUGGUAAUCUCAAGGAAAUCAUUAGUACACACCGAUAAAUGACCACACAAAUGUAGUAUUUAUGGCAAAUUGUAUAAAAACUCGAGUAACCUCAACAAACAGCCAUCACUACACACUGAAAAAAAGGCUACACAGAUGUGAUAUUUGCUGGGAAUCUUUUACUUUGGCCUAUCAUAUUUAGAAGCAUGCAAUAAUACACAUUAUGUAGAGACCACUCGAAGUAUUGUUGAGGUCUGUAGACUUAAACAUGUUCAAAGGAGACCACAAGUGUGUUAUGAAUAUUGUUUGCAUGUGCUACAGAACGGUCACAAAAAAUAUGACAAAUCCGUUUUCACAGCUUCAUGUUCAAAGAAGUUGCAUACUAAAUACAAUAUAUGAAGCACACAAUUGCAAUUUUUUUGUUGUAAAUGCUCCAUGCUAUAAUGAUCUGUCUACCAGAAAUUGGUGCAUUGAGAGAUAUGUUACUUGUUUGAGUAGAAGUCCUAUGCAGUAAUCACGACUCCAUCUUCUUCAAGAGAAUUUACCAGUAUGUUGCUAAUUAUUUGAAAGAAACUGCCAUUUCAAUAUUCAUGAAGCUGUAGGCAGUACCCAGGCGACAGCAUAAAUGUGUUUAUUACACGUCCAUCACUCAGGCUAUUUUUCUCAACGAUGGAGAAAGAUACAAAAAUAUCAUGAUUAUGCAAACAUGUUACUGAGGUAUGCCUCCUUAAUAGUAAUGCUAUUUGUGUGAUCAAAAUUUGCACACAUGUGAACUAUCUGUGCUACUUCUACAUUAGGAAAUAACUGAUGGUGGCAAGUAUGCAGAGAUCAGGCAAAAAUUGUAAUCAUCUGCCUAGUAGCACUUUCAGACUGCAAUACAACAGUGCUUCUGUAUGGUAUGGACUCAUUAGUUCUCUGUUAGUUUUCCACUAGUAAAUUGGGCUAUAUGUCUACACGCGCCUCACACAGUUCCCAUUUACUGCAGGCUAUCAGUUUGUUGCUGUGUAGUUGGUGUGCAAUAGCAUCCCAAAUUAGUUUCAUAAUGAUCUAAUGAGGUGGGAAAGACAACAGUGUGAGCUAUCAUGAUGCUCAAACCAUUGCAGUGUGAUUAUGACCUUGUGAUUGUGACCAGGGAAUACAUCAACCAUUCAGUGACACAGAGGUUGCAAUUAUGUUCGUGUUCUCCACAUCUGUCAUGGUGCUUCCAAUUAUGACCAGCUGUUUUUUGGCGUCUCGUAUGAAUAUCCCCCAUAGCAUGACAUUGCCCCCAUCGUUCUGCGCCUGUUGUGUUGUGCAUGUGUUGAACGACUGUUCAUCUGGAUGAUGGCACAUCUGGGCACAACCAUUGACCUGGUCCACAAGAAAUGUCACUUAUCCCAACACGUGACACGUCUUUAUUGGUAUGCAGUCCAAUCUCAAGUAUCCCAUUUGUAUUACUAUAGUAACUGACAAUGUUGUUAGAUCAACAUGGGAAAACAAAGCUGUUACAUAACUUGGGGCCUCAUGUUCAACGGUGUCUGCUGAAUAGCUUGAAACACUUGUGCCUGCUCAAGCAUUUUCUCCUGUCUCCACAGAUUGCCAUCAGUCCCACUAUACAGAGCAGCUAGGUUCUGAUCUCCUUGUUCUAGGUAAUGCAUGGUAAUCCUACAACCUUUUGUCCAAUUGUGGAUAUACCAUCUUUCAAUGAUGUUCCGUAGAGGCUAAUGAUAGAAGCAUCUGAGCAGCCAACCAGAUUCACGGUUUUUUAGAUGCACUUACCCAAGCACCAGGCCAAACCAUCUGCUCUUUGGCAAAGUUAUUUAUGCCAGUUUUUUACACAUACUGUAACUAGAAUGAUCACCCAUUCAUUGCUGGUUAUAUAGUUUCGUUACUACUUGACAUAACCAAAAUGCCACUGGGUAGCACACACUCCUCCUAGGGAAGUGGGUAUAACGAUUUGGAUCAACAGUGUAUCUUGACACAAAAGGAUCUUCUGGUAAAUUGUGUAGUAAUUCAAAUUUUCAUGUUUCAUUAAAUUUUAUGCCAAUAUAGUAUUGUCAGUUUAAGUGCCAUAUUUCUUGUGAAAAAUAUUUGUAUUAAAAAUCCCUGUACGUAAUUCUGAUUAAAUGAAGAUUAAUUUUAUGCAUCAAAUCUUUUAAUUAUUUGUCUGUUUUUAAAUAUCAUGUAACUACCGUACAAACAUCAGUGGCAAAACUGUCAUCAUGUAGUGUCAGAUUAUAAUUCCAAUUGUUUGUAUAAACACUAGGACUGUUGAAAGAGCUCAGUGUGAUUACUAGAAUAUGAAUUUAAUCCAAAUGCAUAAUUUUUAUUUUAAUAAGUUAAUUCAUUAAAUGUGCUUUCUUUCUAAUUGCUUUGUUUCAAUCUGAUUUUUUUGGUUGUCUUUUAUCUGCUUUAAACAUGAUUUCAUAGUGUGUAUUUUCUAUAAUUUCUCUGAGUAAAU